GCACAAGGGAAAAACAAAAAACCCAAAUAAAAAGAUGGAAAUUAAGCUGGAAUGGAAACAUGGAUAGAUAUGCCUUCUACUCUCCUCCAACCACAGCUCUUUCUUUCUCCUCAAAAACAAACACAAUUCUCAAAUCCCACAAAUACCCUUCCCCUCUAUCCCAUCUUCCAUCUCCCGUUCUUCAUGGGUCCUUUUGGCUUCUUACAUUCAUCAAGGUAUUUCAGAGGAUACACGGAACGUUUUCUCUCCUUAUUCUUACCAUAUUUGUUUUUCUUUCUCUAGGUCUCGACUCUUCUAUUCCUUCUUUCAAUUGGGUUUCUUCUGUUUCCUUUGAUUUCGGGGUCAAGGUUGGAUCUUUGAUAAUUGUGAUUUCCGGGAAGUUGGUGAGUUCUUUUUUUUCAUUUUUUCUUUUCUUUUUCAAUGAUCUCAUGUCUUCCUUCAAGUUUCAUUUUUUUUGAUUUCCUUGUUCGUGUCCAAUUUGGAUUCGGUUCAGGGGGGAGUUUGAAUUGAGUUCUUGUCCUCUCCUUAUUUAAUCGGGGAUGUCAGAAAUUCCUUCAAUUUUCAAUUUUUGAUACUGGGGGUUCAAUUUUGCUGAAUAUAAUGAAAAGGGUCUCUUUAUAUUCUCAUCAACCUAAUUCUGUGGAUGAGCAAGCUAAGGCACGGUCCAAGCAUCAAACCCUACUGGAGGACUACUUGGAAUUGCAAAAGGACUUUGUUUCAAAUAAGAAAAAAUUGCAGAAGAAGAAGCAGGAGAGAGAAACCCUUUUGGCUGAAGUUAGAUUCUUAAGACGGAGGCAUGAGUAUUUAACAAUGUUACAGUCUCAGAAAUCUGAACUUGAGCAAGACCAUGUUCAACCGCUAUAUGCAUACAUGAAAAGCAAAAUGUUUGCUGAGGAUAAGACAAAUGAUGCAAAUGGAGCAGCUGGGAAGAAGACACCUCCUCCUACUUUAAACUCCACUGUGGUUGAGAAAGAAGGGGAUGGAGGAAAUAGAAAGGGUGCUUGGGACCCAUUGAGAGUGGAGAAGAAGCGAAAGGGUUCUUUGAUCAAUGGUAAGAGAGCUGAAAAGAAGAAAAUUUCAUGGCAAGAUCCAGUGGCUUUGAAGGUCUAAUGGCUGAUCUUUUCGGAUAUGGUUAACUGAGAGGUGGGGCUGGGAGAAAAUUUGCAAAAACUGUUCUGUGAAGGGAAACCUUUCAUUGGUUCAUACAGAUUAUUAUGAUUUUAUUCUUUCUUUCUCCAGUAUAAACUGUGAAGGGAAACAAUUUUUUAGUUUAGUAAUACAUGCUAAAAGUGACAAGUGCCCAUUCAUUGAGUGGAUACGGAUAUUGCUGUGGUUGUAUUUGAUUCACAGAAUCUGGAAAGUUACAUCAUGUCAAAUAUUUCCGUUAUUUCAUGUUUUCCAGAGCUUCUCUUUCUUCAUGCUUUGAAGCUUCCCAACAGAAUGAACAAAGUUCUUGACC